GGCAGCAGGGUUAUUUUGAACAUAAACAAAAAGACCUGCAGCAGCCGUCUGCAUGCAGGAUCUGCAGCGAUUUGCGGACGAUGCUUGAUUCUUUAUUUACAUAAGGUUUUGUUAUAAACUAAAUAGCUAUUAAAAGGAUGGUUCGAGUGAAAAACAGAUACAUCUUGGUGCAAAUAGUUUGCAACAAUAACUCAGGAGAAGGGGGUUUCUCCUUCACGUCUAGCAAGCUGGCCGAACUGUUACGGUCCAAGAUCGAGAAAUAUUAUGGUGAGUUUGGGUUAGCUAGCACCGUACGGUUGCAUGUGAUGUAUUUCAACGAAAAGACCCGGCUAUUUGUCAUCCAGACCCGUCAUGGACCGCAUCGGUUUGUGACGAGCAUGCUCCCGUUACUCACCGUGGCCGGAACUGAACCGGUGCGAUACCGGACGCUUUAUGUUGGAGCAACGCUGCAACAGUGCCAAAAGUUCAUCGUCAAGUAUCAACAGAAUUUUGUGAACAAAAACAUUGGUAAUUAUAAAGGUGAGGUACAGAAAAAGCUUUUCGUCGAGAAAGUUACCAAGAUAAAUCCUAGUUGAAGAAGAGCGCAUUCCUCACAGUGCAUGUAGAAGAAGUGAACAACAAGCUGCUAUAUAAGUGUACAAUAAUAAAGAUUGCAAGAGAAGCAAAAGCGAACAAUCA